UACCGAUUGCGCUCGACUUCGCUACGCUGUUUACGAACCUUCUCUCCUUCUCCGCUUACGCGAAGCCGUUACGUGCAUUCACCUCAUUCUUUUUUCAGAUAAAUUUCUCGAUCUCGGUUCAGCGUCAACGUAUAUCGGUACAUAGUUUUUUGUUACGAACAAGAGACGACAAUCAGUUGUUAUAUUGUCGAGUACAUAAAACAUUGUACACACGUGCACAUCAGUUGUACAUAUAUCAGAAGUUAAGGUUUACGUCACUAAUCAGCAAAAAAGUGUUUCAAGAAAACCGCGGGAGUGUUUUUCUGCACGAGAGCGAAAUCAAAUCACGUAACUCUCUUCGUGAGUUGCACAUUGAUCUGCAGCUAGUAUCCCGCGAGAGUGCAACGGAAAAAAACGGGCCACGCUCGCAUACACGUGUAUACCUAUAACGAGGGUACAUACAUACAUACAACAAAACGUUUCACACAUACACACAUACACACAUCACACUACAUAUAAAUAUAACCUCAAAUUGCCGGUGAAGAUGGCGGCGCAAGUAAACAACGUACAACCGUUUGUAUCGUGCAACGCUUAUUACGGCUAUCUUCCUAUCAAUACUCAACAGCAACAGCAAUCGCAGCCACAAACGUUGAUCAACAAUGACAUUGGAAUGGAUGUCGAUAACGAGAGUUGCUUGGCCAGAGUGCAAAAUAACAGCAACAACAUUGUGCAGCAGAAACAGCAGACACACGAAUUUUUCAUGAGUGUGGAAGAGGAUCACUGGCGACGGUCCCAAGGCAGGAAACGCGUCUUUGACAAGGAUGAGGUUGCUAAUUACAUGCCACGUUUCAAGAAAUUUCGCACUGGAGACUGUAUCUUGUCCGAAGAGCGCAGAUUGGCCCAGGUGUACCAUGAACCGUUACUAUGCCUAAGUCCAGCAGCUGACUCCGAUAUGCUGUAUGAGGAAUCAACAAUAAUGGGUAAAUUCAAAAUUCAACCAGUAACAUCAAUAAGCAGGGAUACUAGGUGCCAAGAAUUGGAAGAUAUGCUACUAUUGACCCAUGGUUGCUCUUCUUAUCAUCAUAUGAGCCAAAGUGGCUACAACGAGGAAGCUGAGUUCUAAAACUGCCAGCCAUUAACAGUGGUUUUCUUAUUGCAUACGAGUGUAACAAAGAUACUUCUUAAGCUAGUAUAAGUAGACAAUUUUGUAAAGUAAACUCGCAACUUUACAUUGAUGUUGAAACAAGUGAUUUUGUUAACAACAAAAUGGUUUUCUUUGUUGCAGAGUUGACAUUACUCUAGUGAUUUAUGGUAAUAAUAAUAAUAAUAAUUAGUUAGUUUUCAUUGUGGAAUAAUUUUCAUAUUUAUAUUAUGAAUAUUAAAUCAUCGCGUAUUAAAUGUUACGCCUUUAUAAAAAUAGGCUAGUGAUUGUAAUAACAUUUUUAAACAUAAUAAUACAUUGAUAAUAAAUAUUUACUUUUGUACAUAAACAAUAUA